AUGGAGAGGGAACGACAAUACCUUCGACCGAGGGUAGGGGGCACCGUGACCCCAGGCUCCGAGACCCGGUCCUCCGGGCGCCCCGCCGAAUGGCCCCAGUGGGAGCCGGAGAGGCAACGUGAGCAUGAUAGCGAGAGGGAGCAGCCCGUCAAAUCCAUCUUGAGGAAGACUGUUCGGCCGUCGACCAGGCCACGCCGCAACUCUGACACCUCCGUCACAUCAUCCAACUUCCACGGUGUAGGGAGCGACUCUGAGCUGGGGUCGUCGUCCGUUGUAUCGUCGUCCGUUGUAUCGUCGUCCGUUGUGUCGUCGUCCGUUGUGUCGUCGUCCGCUGCGUCGUCGUCUGCUGCAUCGUCGUCAUUGCCACAACCCGUCCCCUCCAAUUCGACUGCCCUACCCAGGAAGGUCCUCAAGGCCAAGUUCCCAGGGAUCCCCGCCGAACGUCAAGGAGUCAUUAGUUUGAGACCAUCGAGGGGUUCCUCGCCGAACACCCCAUCCGUCUACCAUGUGCCUCCAGUCCGCUCGGUCCUGAGCUCCCAGUAUACACCCGACAACAGGCGCCAUGGCCGCCGCGGUUCGUACGACCGCCAUGACAAGCUCUACCACAGCACCGACCCCGAGACGGAGUCCGCCGUCUCCGAGAUGUCUGACUUGUCCUCCACCACGGAAGCAACAACCAUCAUCUCGUCGCCCUCGGACUCCGGCGCCAGCGAUGUGACACCUACUGAGACCGUCGCCAAGCCGACGCCCUCUGUCCGCUUCACACCCAGCGUCAUCGGCUCCGAAAGCGUCGCCAGCUCGAUAAUAACCCCUGUCCGCAAGGCCAAGCCACGCCUUACUAUUCGGGCGCCACCGCCCUCCGAAGCGGACCGCACCGUUGUCAAGAGCGGCAGCCGGUCAGUCCAGAUCAAGAUGCUCCCCCUCACUGCCGAGACCCCCGAGUCUCGGUACACCCGCGAGCUUGAGCGCUACCAGCAGGAGAUGGAGCGCAGCAUGAUGCACAGGAUCGACCUGCUCGAGGCCGACAGGGAGACGCUGCGUGAGAGCGAGGCGAAGCUGAGGAGGGAGCUUGACGACAACUCUACCCGCCUUACUACGCUCGACAGGGAGAAGGCGGCGCUUGAGAAGGAACGCAACACCGAGCGUAGAAGUAGGGAGCAGGUACUCGUCAUGCUGGAGAAGCAAAAGGCCGUUUUUGACGAGUUCCGCAGCAAUUUCGACUUGCAAAAGGCCAUGCUCGAGGAGGUCGAGAAGGAGCGGGAUGCCCAUUGUCAGGGGGGGAGGCAAGAAUGUACCUUCAAGGGAAGCUCGACGCCACUCGGCAAGUGUUUGACGAAUACAAGGCGACCGCAAGCACCAAGAGGAGCUCCUGACCCCACCAGAUCGCCGCUCUCGAAACCAGCAGGGACGCCCUUCCAGGAGCAGCGCGACAACAAGGACAAAGAAAUUGCCGAGUUGCUUGCCAACCGCGAGAAGUUGCAAACCGAGAUGGGUGUCUUGACUGCUCGUGUAACUGCUACCAAGGAUGAACUGAAGGCUGCUGAGGAGGAACAGCAAAAGCUCAGGGAUACCGCCAAGCAGGAGAGGAAGGCUGCCGAGGAGGAACAACAGAAGAUCAGGGAUACCGCCAAGCAAGAGAAGAAGGCGCUUCGGGAGGAACUCGAGGAGGAACACGCGGCUGCAAAGAACCGGGCCAUUGAGUUGGAGCAGCAAAAGGUCGAGCUUGAGACGGCCAAGGCGCGCGUCGAGCAGGAAAAGGUGGAGGUUGAAGCCAAGCUUGAUGCAGCUGAAGGGCAAAUUGCCACGCUCAGCACCCAAGUAGAUGUUUUUACCGCGUCUACCUCGGACCUCAACGCGACCAUCGCUGUUCUUGAGGAGGAAUUUUCGACAUCCAAGGCCGAAGUAGCCAACCUCAAGACCCAGAUUGAGGGCCUCGAAUCCGACAAGGCCGAUCUACAAAAGCAGAUUGAGGGCCUCGACGCCGAAAAGACCGAGAUGCAGGCACAGAUCCACACUCUCAGCACCGACCUCGCCGGCGCCAAAGAUGCCAACAUUUCCAUUGCGAGCCAGAAGCUUGAUCUAGCGAAGGAGAUGGCCGGAGUCAGUGGUGCGCUCACCACCGCGCAGGCUGAGAUCACCAAGCUCAUUGCCGAAAAGGCCGCCGCGCAGGCUGCCGCAGACGCCGAAGCUGCAAAGAUCCCUGCAUUGGAAAGCACGAAGGCUGAACUUGUCGGCAAAGUGGUAGAGCUGGAGGGUAAGGUCUCGGAGUCUGAAGCCACAAUCACCGAGCUUCGUGGCAAGGUCACCGUGCUUCAGGGCGAAGCCGAUAAGAUCCCUGGCCUGUUCACCGAGAGGGUAGUUACAGAGAGCAAGGUGGCCGAUCUUGAGAAGGAGGCCGCCUCCCUCAAAGCCAAGAUUGCAGAAGUUGAGGCUGAGGCAGGCAAGCUUCCUCCUCUACAGGCGGCCAAGUCUGAGCUGGAGGGCAAGGUUUCCUCGCUCGAAGACCAGAUCACGCAACUGCAAUCUGAGCUCUCCAAAGACCCCGACGCCACUGCUGCAGCCCUCCGUGCCGACCUUGAAGCCAAAGGGCAAGAAAUCACGCGCCGAAUCGACGAGAUCAAUACACUCACCGCGGCUAACACUACCCUGUCCGUCCAGCUCGGCGCCACUCAGCAACAGGUCAACAGCCUUCAAGAGUCUCUCAACAGCGUAACCCAGUCAUACAACACCGCCACCGGACAGGUCGUCGACCUCCAACAACGUGUCGACCAGCUCGCUUCCGCCUCGCGCCGCGUCAGACGAUCCCGCACGUCGUCCCCGCAGAAAAAGGAGAAGGACCGCGACAGCAGCAGCGGUAGGAGCAAAAAGGACAAACACCUCAUGGUCGUGCGGAACCCCGGCGACAGGGGCGCUCUGUCAGUCAUGCUCCAGAUCGCUGCUGCCAUCUGA